AGAUUUGUUCUUACAAAUCACAUAAACUCCAUUGUCGUCACUUCGAGUUCGAAGCUUCUUCCUCUUCUUCAUCUUCCUCUCUGUGAGUGUCUUUUUCUUACUUUGUCAGCUGAUUCUCAAGAUGCUACCAACUGAGUCAAAGAAGGCCUUAUCUUUCAAGAGAUGCAUCGAAGAUGGAGACUUGGUCAUCGUUUACGAGAGACACGACGUGAUGAAGCCAGUUAAAGUAACCAAGGACGGCGUGCUUCAGAACCGUUUCGGGUUUUACAGACACUCUGAUUGGAUCGGGAAGCCGUUAGGGACGAAAGUGUUGAGCAACAAGGGUAAAUUUGUUUACCUGCUGGCUCCCACUCCCGAGCUGUGGACGCUCGUGUUGAGCCACAGGACGCAGAUCCUUUACAUUGCGGAUAUCAGCUUUGUGGUGAUGUAUCUAGAAGUGGUGCCCGGGUGUGUUGUUCUCGAGUCAGGGACAGGAAGUGGUUCGCUUUCCACUUCGCUUGCUCGUGCUGUGGCUCCAACUGGGCAUGUGUAUUCGUUUGAUUUCCACGAGCAACGAGCUGUCUGUGCAAGGGAGGACUUUGAGAAGACGGGUAUUAGUAGUUUAGUAACCGUGGAGGUUAGAGAUAUUCAAGGACAAGGCUUCCCUGAGAAACUAUCUAGUUUGGCUGAUUCGGUGUUUCUAGACCUUCCUCAGCCUUGGCUCGCUGUUCCUUCUGCAGCAAAGAUGUUGAAGGAGGAUGGAGUUCUCUGCUCUUUCUCACCUUGCAUUGAGCAAGUACAACGCACUUGUGAAGUCCUCAGAUCAGAUUUCAUUGAGAUAAGAACGUUCGAGGUGCUUCUCAGAACAUACGAAGUGAAGGAAAUGAAAGUGGAAACUGGUGCUAUGAUUGGUGAGAGCCACGAUGAGGAGGACAAUGGAGGACAGAGACCAAGCAAGAGAAAGCACAUUUCAAACGACGACGGCUACGCCAUUUCACAGGACAACUCUUCUAGUGCAACUUCGACCGUUAUGGCUAGGCCAUGUAGCGAGGCAAGAGGUCACACCGGCUACUUAACGUUCGCAAGACUCCAGUGCCUAUCUUAAGUACUUCAUGUUUUUAUCAUAUGAUGGUACUAACACUUGUUGUGAUUUUUCUUGUUGUAAUGCAAAUUUUGAACCAGAACUCUACUUCAUAAGUUUUUAAAAACGUGUUUGAAUUAUUUUUGGAGAAAUCUCAAAGUAGAUUUUGUAAUCCAAUUAGUUGAAGUAUAAAGAAUCAUUAUUUUGUAACUGGAUUAUCAAAACUAUACUAAAAGCCAGAUAUAAAGUCCUCUGAGAGUGUCCACAUCAGAUUGGAAAUUCAGACCAAUCAGAAGACUUCAUUUUGCCAUGUCAUAUAUGGCUUAUAGAUAGAGUGGACUUUCGUUUAGGUUUUAUUAAGAUUAUCAGUUUGGCCCAUCCAGCCCAUGUAGAUAAACAUGCUUCUUCGUCUAAGUUUGGCGACUUUCCCCGACUCUUCCACUUCAUCUUCUCCAAUUUCUGUUUUUUUUUCCUUUAGUUUCUCAAUCAAUGACGAUGUUAAAGCAAUUCUUAAAAGUUUUGCUCCACCU